AUGUCGCACGAAAUGUCCCACCUAGGGCCUCGCGCCUUCAACCACGAGCAGAGCACCGACGCCGAGCAGGAAUACGACCGGCUGCGCGAUCUCGCGCGCCAGGAGGCCGCAAAGCGCGGGCAAUUGUUCGAGCGGUCGAAAGAGGCGUAUGCGAGUGGUGAUGGCGCGGGCGCCAAACAGCUCUCGGAAGAGGGCAAGGCCCACGGGCGCAAGAUGGAAGAGUAUAACAAGCAAGCGUCGGAGUUCAUCUUCCGCGAGAACAACGCCAACGGGCGCGUCGCGGCCGACACGAUCGACUUGCACGGCCAAUUCGUUGAGGAGGCCGAGGAGAUCUUGGAAGAGCGCAUCAAGUAUGCCAAGGCGCAUGGGCAGAACCACUUGCAUGUAAUCGUCGGAAAGGGCCACCACUCCGCCGGACACGUGCAGAAGAUUAAGCCGCGUGUGGAACAGGUCUGCCGCGAACUGGGCCUGCAGUUCGCGACGGAGGAGAACGCUGGCCGGAUCUACGUUAACCUCACCGGCGGCGAGGCCGUCAUGCCAAGCUACCCCGAGCACCACCAGGCCCCGCACCAGCAGCACCAACAGCACCAGCAGUACCCCGGACAGCAAGGGUCGACACAGACACAUGGACAGCAACAGCCGCAGCAGCAACAGGACGAGAUCGAGCAGGUUGUCAAUGCGCUAUUGCCCAAGGUUAUGCGCAAGCUGGAGAAGGCGUGCUGUGUUGUCAUGUAA